AUGUCUUUUUUUUUCCGCAAGUACAACCAUCUCAUGAACACGCGCCCGUUGGCCACCAAUAUCGCCACCACCGGAUUCCUCUUUGGCGCGGGCGACUUUUUGGCCCAGCAGCUCGAAAUGCGGCGGCCGGCGCCCGCGGGCCUGGCUGCGAAAUCCGCCGCCUACGACAUGCCGCGCACGGCGCGGGCGGUGGCGUACGGGUCGCUUGUUUUUGGCCCGCUUGCCGGAAAAUGGUUUGGCUAUUUGGCGCGCGUCUCGGUGGGCUCGAGUGCCGCGGCCAACACGCUUGCACGCGUGGCCUUGGACCAGUGUGUGUUUGCGCCGCUCGUAGGCAUUCCGUUGUAUUUCUCAUGUAUGACAGUCAUGGAGGCGCCCGCGGAUGUGCGCGGCGCCGUGACCAGCAAGCUCCACCACGCGUGGUGGGACACGGUGCGCACCAAUUGGAUGGUGUGGCCCGCGGUGCAAGUGGCGAACUUCGGCCUUGUGCCGCCGCUGUUCCGCUUGCUUGUGGUGAAUUUCUUGAGCAUUGGUUGGAACUGCUACCUCCUGAUGGAAAACUCGGAGAAGUGA